GCACGACAGACUGUGAACCACUCCGUUUAUUAAUAAUUCACCAGCCCUCCGCUUCUCCGGCCGCGAUCCACUGCUGCGCCUCCGCGCGCUUUGGGCCGCCACAGCACUUUUUUCUGGGUUUAUUACACUUUAACAGCUGUUAACUCCAACUAUUUCAUUCACUUCAGUCAUAUGUACCGGGAUUAGCGUAUACAUAUGCGCGUUCUCGUGAAGUCGCCUGGCAUAGUGAUAUGAUCAAGUAUCACCUCUCUCCAAAACUUGCAACAUCUAUGGUGCCAGAUCUGGUACUAGUUGUGGUCUCCUUUUUAUCUCGAGUAAAUAUGGGCAAGAUCAAAUGAAGAAGAACCAAAGGGAAUUCCAUUUUUGUAUUGUUUUUUAUUAGGAGGACCAGAGGAUGAGGAUAACACAGAGUUCCUUUGAGGCACACAGAAGCAACAGCUGAUUUGUGAGCGCGUAAGUAGAGUCUACUUACUGUCGGCCCCUUGCAAAGAGAGACCUCUGCUCUGUUACUUGGGAGCUGACGAUACGCUAGCAUCGUGCACGGAUUUGCCUCACUGGGUAUUCGGUGAACAGAGCGGACGGAAGGGAUGGCGCACUGACAGGCGACCAGAGCAAGUCCUCACAGCUCCGACAAGCGCCGCCCGUGUUUUCAUGGAAGUCCCACGCGUGAAUAACGGACAUAAACAUCCCGAAUGAAGCCGGGAAGUGGUUGACUUGGAUAAGCCGUCUCCCUUCCCUUUCCCUGUUGGAGGAAACAGUAAAACUACAAUUUAAAAAAAUGUUCACCGGGCCACAGGCCGUCCCGUAUUAGGGUUAUUUUGCUUCCGGUAUCAGAAGAAACGAGUAGUUUUCUCUCUCCCAUACUUUUUUUGGAAGCUGAACUUUUUUAGAGUUGAAAAUGGGUAUUUGAGACUGUUGGCACAUUUCCCUGCUCCACAAUGGCCACCGAAACCUUUCUGGUGAAUGAAGACCCCUCCAGAGGUCCUGGGAUGCCUGAAUGCUUUGUAGUAUCAGAUUCCUACAGGUAUUGCACUACUCACCUUCUAAACAAUCCAUUAGUGGAUGAAUUUCAUCCCUUCAUCGAGGCCCUUCUCCCCCAUGUCCGUGCCUUCUCCUACACCUGGUUCAACCUGCAGGCACGCAAACGCAAGUACUUCAAGAAGCACGAGAAGAGGAUGACAAAGGAUGAAGAACGCGCAGUGAAGGACGAGCUGCUGGGUGAGAAGCCCGAGAUCAAGCAGAAGUGGGCGUCGCGGCUGCUGGCCAAGCUCCGAAAGGACAUCCGGCCCGAGUUUCGUGAGGACUUUGUGCUCACCAUCACAGGCAAGAAGCCCCCCUGUUGUGUUCUUUCCAACCCCGACCAGAAGGGCAAGAUCCGCCGUAUCGACUGUCUCCGCCAGGCCGACAAGGUGUGGCGGCUGGACCUGGUGAUGGUCAUCCUGUUCAAGGGCAGCCCCCUGGAGAGCACGGACGGAGAGCGGCUGGUUAAGUCGCCCCAGUGCGCAAACCACGGCCUGUGCGUCCAGCCCCACCACAUCGGCGUGUCCGUCAAGGAGCUCGACCUCUACCUGGCCUACUUCAUCCACUCACCAGGUCAGUUGGUGAACGCCUUACAGCUUUCUGUCUUUUUCACACAAAUACACACACACACACACACACACACACACACACACACACACACACACACGUCAGUUUGUAAGGCCUUUUGCAGCCACACUCUGAGCCUUGCCAAACCCUGUUCCUCCCCGUGCACCACCAGACCAAAUGCCUGUGAUAAAUAAAGAGAAUUGCCUCCA